AUGGGGACUGAAGAGGUGUCUCCCCCGUUUUUCCCAUGGGAAAAAGCAGAAGGAGGGGCGGAAACGCUCCGCACAGCGACAGCAGAACUUGAACGUCUGGGCUGGACACCUGCAGACGGAGGGGAGUGGUUCGCGCACACAGAAAGUGGGUGGCUGUGCAACCCCAGUGAAAAAGUCUACUUUCACUCGGAAAGAAACAUUCUGCUGCCUGCACAACCGCAAGCUGCAGCAACUGAAGUAGCAGCAGCCAGCGAAGCCCUUACCGUAGAUGCACACCAACAGCGCGCUGAAGGUUCCCAAGGCAACAACAGCACAGGAGAGAUAGAGGAAGAAGGAGAAGAAGAAGAAGAAGAAGAAGAAGGUGACUUGCAGUCUGAUGAUGACUCAGACUUCAUGCUGGAUCUCGAGGACGACCUCGACGCGGCAACAGCGCAGAAGAAGAGGAAGCGCGAGGAAGAGACAGCAGCUGGAAAGCAGCAGCGGCGACGGGAUCAGAGGGGGAACAUGCAGCUGCUGCAGCAGCUGAAUAAAACAAACGAGCCGUUGCGACCAGAGGAGCAGCGGAUGUCCGUCGAGGUCGAAGCCCUCGUCCGCAGCUGCUUCAGCGCUUUCUCAAUCACUGACAAAAAUUAUCUCGGGCUAACAUCCAACUCCCUCACACAAGACGACGGCUUCAUUUCGAGUCCACAGCUGAGACAUACACCCCAGCAACAGCAGCAAAAAAUUACGUGGGUGGUUCCGAGCAACCUUGAGGUAGACGGAGCUGCGCUGCGCCUGACGGAAGACCAUAAGCCGAAUAACCCCAGCGAAAAGAAACGCAUCGAGGCAGCAGGGGGGCAGGUGGCGUCCAUACAGGGUAUCUGGCGAGUGCUUUCCUCAGACUCCCGCAGAAACCGCACCUUUGGGCUUUCCACUGCUCGGGCUUUGGGGGACUCUGCGCUCAAGAAGCCGAAACCACUGGUCAUAUCUCACCCCACGGUGCAUGUGUACACGCUCCACUUCGACAGAGACGCGUUCCUGGUGUUGGGAUCAGAUGGCAUUUUUGAGGUUUUGUCUGACGAUGAAGUCGUCAGCCUCAUUCUCUCUCGUCUGCCGCCGACCCCCUUGGAGGCGUCUCAGUUGGUGGUAGAUGAAGCGGUGGCUCGGGGGGGUGAGGAUGACAAAACCUGCACCGUUAUAUACUUUAAGUGGAGAAAAGACCUCUUCGGAAAAGCAGCAGCAGCAGCAGCAGCAGCAGCAACAGCAGCAACUGCAGCAGCGCCAGCAGCAAACGAAAAUUCGAAGCAAACAGCAGAGACACAGCAAAAGGAAGAUAUGCAGACCCCAGCCACGCAGACAGAGACAGACAGCGACACAGAGACAGCAACUGCAGCAGCGCCAGCAGCAAACGAAAAUUCGAAGCAAACAGCAGAGACACAGCAGAAGGAAGAUAUGCAGACCCCAGCCACGCAGACAGAGACAGACAGCGACACAGACAGUGAAAGCGAGACAAACAAAAACAUGCAAAACAAACAAACAAAUAAAAAGAAAGACAAAAAAACACAACAAGAUAUAUCCAGAAGACAACAACGCACCGCGCAUGCAGAGGAACAGCAAGCAGCACAGGCGGCUGAUAGUACCUCCAAUACAAAAAGACAGCAGAAUGCUGACAGCAGCAGCAGCGGCAGCAGCAGCAGCGGCAGCAGCAGCAGCAGCGGCAGCAGCAGCAGGGAGGAUAGAGAAACCGCUCACGCAGCAGGUCCAUCGAAGUCAGAUUCCACAGACAGUGCUGACUUCCGUCGAGAAGCACCAUCAGCAGCAGCAGCAGCAGCAGCAGCAGCAGGAGAAGCAGCAGCAGCAGAAGACGCAGCAAAGUCUGAAAAGCCCGAAGGCAAGAACAUUCGAAUGAGCGGCAUAGAAGAAAUAGCAGGCAUAACAAGCAACAUAGACGUGGAGGCCCUCAUCCGCAAGCGCAAGAGGGAGCAGCAGAUGGAAGCUGAAGCAGCAGCAGCAGCAGCAGCAGCUGCUGCUGCUGCUGCAGAAGAGCAGGAUGACUUUGAUAUGUUUGGCGCGGCAGAUUGA